CACAAGCACACUGGCUGUUUCUCUCCCUGGUCGGUUAUAAAAGCUGCUGUCCAGUUGUUUCUCCUGGAGUUUGUCCUUCCCCUCUUCCUGAAAAGUUGUUUUCGUUUUGUCUCUGGGCGAUCUCUUUGUAUAUCUUCCCUUUUCUCAACCUUCAUAUAUCCUGUUGACGUCAUCAUGUCCUCUGGUAAGCAGUACAAUACAGUACAAUCCCUAGACGAGUUAUCCAUCCAUCGCUGACACUCUGACACUCUGUAGCCCAGCAACGUCUGAACCAGGUGGCCUCCCACUUUGGAGGCAAGCAGGGAGCCUCCGCCAUCACCGAGAAGCACCCUGAUGAUGUUGUCGUGACAUGUGCCCUCCGUACCGCCCUCACAAAGGGUGGAAAGGGUGGCUUCAAGGAUACUGCGGCUGCUGAUAUGCUCGCUGGUGUCUUCAAGGCUGUUAUUGACCGCAGCAGCAUUGACCCCAAGCUUGUUGAGGAUAUCUCCGUCGGCACUGUCCUUGCCCCCGGUGGCGGUGCCACCGAGUUCCGCGCCGCUGCCCUGGUGGCCGGCUUCUCCGAGUCCACUGCCGUCAAGGGUCUGAACCGUCAGUGUUCUAGCGGUCUCCAGGCCGUCGUGGACAUUGCCAAUGCUAUCAAGUCUGGAAUGAUCGAAGUUGGUAUUGGUGCGGGGGUGGAGAGCAUGACCUCUCAAUAUGGUCCCGGUGCAGUGACCGAGUUCUCCGAACUCCUUGAGAGCCACCCUGAGUCGGCCAACUGCAAGGUUCCCAUGGGUGUUUUGUCCGAGCAGAUGGCCAAGGACCGCAAGAUUACCCGUGCGGUUCAGGAUGCCUUUGCUGCUUCCUCAUACCAGAAGGCUGUGAAGGCCCAGAAGGCUGGCCUCUUCAACGAGGAGAUCGUUCCCCUCGAGGUCAAGUGGACUGAUCCCAAGACCAACGAGGAGAAGACCGUCACCGUCAAGGCUGAUGAUGGCAUCCGCGACGGCAUAACCGCCGAGUCUCUCGGCAAGAUUCGUCCCGCUUUUGCCAAGGACGGUUCUAUCCACGCCGGCAAUGCCUCUCAGAUCUCCGACGGUGCUGCCGCUGUCCUUCUCAUGAAGCGUUCUACCGCGGAGCGCCUGGGCCAGAAGAUCAUCGGCAAGUAUGUCGCUGCUAGCGUUGUCGGUGUCAAGCCCCUGCUCAUGGGUAUCGGCCCCUGGAAGGCCAUCCCUGUGGCUCUGGAGAAGGCUGGUAUCACCAAGGAGGACGUUGACAUCUACGAAAUUAACGAGGCUUUCGCCUCCCAGUGCGUGUGGUGUAUCAAUGAGCUUGGCCUGCCCUUGGAGAAGAUCAACCCCAAGGGUGGAGCGAUCGCUUUCGGACACCCACUUGGCUGCACCGGAUCCCGACAGGUCAGCACACUGCUCACAGAGCUGAAGCGCACCAACAAGAAGAUCGGUGUCACCAGCAUGUGUGUUGGUACCGGUAUGGGUAUGGCUGCUGUCUGGGUUGCCGAAUAAAUGCAAAGCCAAAAAAAAAAAAACAAUUCCC